CGCGGCAGGCAGGCGCAGUGGCCUCCACAGAAAGUCCCUCCACUCGACUGUUGUUGCUGACAUGGCGCCCCACCACCCUGGUAGCCUGCUCCAGCUUUUUGUGCGCCACCUUCUGAGGCUGCGCUCGUGCUUCUAUUAACGCUUCCUGGCUGCCGUUCCCUCCUCUUCAGGCUCCGAGGCUGGGGCUCCCAGGAGUAGACUCCACCAGACUCGAGGGGUAGGACCAGAAGCUUCAUCUUAACGGACCACGCUCUUCUCUGCUCAGUGCAACCGCUCUCCAGCUCCACGGUGGCUCUUCCUCCCAGACCAUUGAAGAGGCCCAAGAUGCAGAUGCCUCGAGACUCGUUCCCCACUGAUUGGAGCCCACCACCUAUAGAGUUCCUGAACAAGAACAAGAAGGUACUUCAGCUUCACAGGAGACCACAUAAGGACUUGGAGAAGAAGCCCCCAGGCCAGAAGGUAGGGCUGGCCUCACUGGAGGAACUGUUCUGGAGCAUGGCAGGUCCGAGUCAACAGGCUGUGACUCCAGAGAUUUCCUCUGGGGGCUCGGAGUGCUAUGUCAACAACCUAGACUACUUACUGCGAGAGAAGAGAGAACAGGCCAUGGAGCAGAAGUGGGAGCAGCUACUGCGGCAGGACCAUUCCAAGCUUGACUCCUCUGAAGGUGAUGAAGACUACAGAGAGGCGGUGCUCACACCUGAGCACAGGAGGCUGGUAGAGAAGUUCUCCAUAUCCGUGCAGUUCAUUUCGCCAGUGCAUCCAGGUGAAACUGUAUUUUUGCAGAGACGUUACCCUUUGCCUUGCAUCCUGGACUCCUCCAGUCUGAAGCCACACAGCCAACUGGAAGAGCUGUUCCUCAGGUCCUCACUGCCCCAGCAGCUCUCCUUCCUGCACCAGGGCCUCCUGAGCAACCUCUACCUGCAUGCCUCUGAUUACCCGCGACCUCUGCUCCAGUGGCUGUUCCAGUUGCUAACAUGGCCUCCAGAAACAUCUUCAAGAGCUUUUAGUCUCCUCUGGGAUCUCAGCAUAGACGGACUUUUCCGUCAGCCUGAUGAAGACAUGCAUUUGUGGUGCCCCUCGCUGCAAGAGGUCAAGCAGGUGUUUCACAGCUUGGGAGCCUUCAACCCUGCCCUGUAUCCACAGGGGCCCUACCAGCACCGCACAAGAGUGCUUGAGAGUGAGGCCAGCCUGGGCUGGCAGGAGACACAGGACCCUCCCCAGGAAGUAGCCUUGGACAUUAAGCUGAGCUACAUCUACAAGUUCCUGAUCCUGUGUUUCCUAGUCCAGCCGAGGUCCUACACGGACACCAGCAUUUUGAGCCUGAUGGAGCUGCUGUGUCGCGCAGGCCUGGAUGUGGGCUUGCGCCUGCUGCCCAAGACUGAUCUCCAGCAACUCCUGCUCCUACUGCUGGAAAACAUCCAAGAGUGGCCGGGAAAGCUCCAGGCACUGUGCUGCUCCCUCAGCUGGGUCUCCGACCACCACCACAACCUCCUGGCGCUUGUGCAGUUCUUUCUGGACGUGACUCCCCGUGGCAGGCUACUUCGAAGCCAACUGAGCCUCACGGUUAUUGCCCGGAUGCUGGGUCAGCAAGAGGCACUUCCUCUCUGGGGAGAGAAAACCCAGCUAGCGGUACUUGGCCAUCUCCUCAGCCUCAUGAGACCAUCAUCCCUCAGGCAGUAUCUGGGUGCGGAGACCUUGCCACCCUCUCAGGGGAAACAGCCAAGGGCCAGCGCUGAGCUCGACUACAAGGUCUGCUAUCUGUGCCACAGCCUCCUGACACUGGCUGGGGUGGUGGUCAGCAGCCAGGAUAUUACUCCAGAUCAAUGGGGUGAGCUGCAGCUGCUGUGCAUGCAGUUGGACCGCCACAUCAGCACCCAUAUCCGGGAGAGCCCCCAGGCCAUGCACCGGACCAAACUCAAGGACCUGGCCACCCAGACCUACAUCCGCUGGCAGGACCUGCUGGCUCACUGUCAGCCCCAGGGCCAGUACUUCAACCUUUGGAAAGAUAUUUAAAGGGAUAAUGGCAAAGUGACUCUAGGCUCUGGAUCCAGCAGGAGGAGAACUGUAGGAGGUAAAGAACAGAGGUUGGGGAGGCCCAGCCUGGUGAAGCCAGCCUACUGCCACUGGAGGUCGUCUCCCUGACCAUCCCCGCACUUAAACACGCUUGCUUGCUCAGCUGUCUCUGUCUUGUCUCUAUAGCACUGGCUUUCUGGGCCUCUUGGGCCCUCCUUGUUGGCCACUCUUCCCACACAUCUACACACUGUAUCUUGUUCUCGCUGUCCAUCCUUAAUAUGGGGUUCCUUUGUGCACAUUAAAGUCUUCUUUUCAGCACCAGUGGUUUCCCCUCCUUAAAUCCUUAUCCCGAGGGCUCAUGCCCAGCACCUAACCUGAUGCCUUGCCUCUGCGUGAGCCAGCCACUGCUCUCACCUCUGGCAGUCAUGUAACUGGGGCCUAGGAACCACCUCCGCCACUUGACUCUAUAACUUGGAGCCAGCACACUGUGACCAGGGUUGCUGGAGCCUGGCACUUUUGGAUGAAAGACCAUUGUCUGGAUCCUGUCUGGGACUACCCCGCCCCUGCUAGGGACACUAUACAGAAAGUAUGGUGGAUCAGGGCUGUAAUUAUGCUUAAUUCAAUUUAUUGUUGAGCUGUGAAAUCAACUCUUUAGACUUAGAAGUGGGGGUGGGUCCCAAAGACACUUCUGGAUCCUUCUUUUGCUCUCCAUGGCCUUGCCUCCAGGUCAGUUUCAUUGUGUCGUAACCUCUAACUGUAUAACUGGAUAUCUUUGACCUGGACCCCUGGAGAAGUGAGUGGGCCCGUUUGUAUCUCCAGGAGCGGCCCCCUAGCUAUCCCCUAUUUAUUUUCUUAUCUGGCCACUCCUCUGACAAAAUCCAUGCUCAUCUUUGGACCCUUCUGACACUUUCAUAGUUGGAGUGAGCUUUGCAACAGGUAGAAGAGGGGGCCAGGAGGCAGCAGAGGAUGACUCCCGCCAACCUGACUUGUGUUCAUGUCUCAGUUGAUGGCCCUUGGAGCUUCCCCAUGGCUGUUGCAUACAGUUUUCCCUGUUUAUAUCUUCCAGGAUUAGGGGCUGACCAGGUGAUACACACACACACACACACACAGAGAGAGAGAGAGAGAGAGAGAGAGAGAGAGAGAGAGAGAGAGAGAGAGAACAUAGCUAAAGUGAAGCCCAUACCUUUCUAGGCCUGUUUCAGACACAAGUACCUCCCUCUCUGGGUCCUCUGAAGGCCAGGAGCUAGAGACAUCUAUUAUUUAGAGACAGGGCACAGGCUUUGCACAGUACUGGGUACCACAGAGGACAUCUUUUCUGUCUCAAAGCUUUUGCCAAAUGAGAAGUGGAAGAAGCCCUUUCAGAGCCAGGUGACUUGGAUGCCCAGUGAUUUGACUGAUAGUUCUGGCUUCUCUUCCUGGCUGCAUCACGUGAACCUGUGGCAAACCCUCACACCCCAGCAGCAGAGUAAGCAGGUCAUCCUCAGCUCUCUGACAGGCAGGCAGGGACUUUGGAGAGCUAGCCCGUUUCACCCUGCCUCUGGGCACCGCUGCUUGACAUUGUACAUCCUGGCAGUUAAUCCUCAGUAACUGGGUUUGCUCUGGAAACCUGGAAAUCACCUUGAAAUCUCCCUCUUUUGUUCUCAUUGCCAAGGGCAGAGAGGGGGUAGGAAGACCUAAGAGGCUGAACUGGGGAGUUUCCAGUUCUUGAAGCUGCCCUUACCUGGCUUUAAGAAAAGGGAUCAAAGUGUCCAGAUGUCAGUGUAGACGUCUGGAGUCCUCCCUGGCUCCUUACUCCACAAACAUACCCAUCCCUGAGAGAGAAAUAGAUACAGCAGAGAGGAGGAGACAGUGUUGGGGACUUCUCAGUCCCUCCCAGAAGGCUGCUGUAACCUGAGCAGAGGUAUGCGAUGUAAGGUCAAUCAAGGGUGGACACUGUCCCCUGGGUCAUGUAAUUGUCCUGCUCUGGGACUGACUGGGCGCUGACCAACCCUGGGUCAGGAUCAGUUGGAAACGGAGCCUCUUCCAGGCCAAGAAUUGUGGAAUGAAGCUGUUUCACCAUUUGCCCUCCAGGUUUUUGACCCUAAGCCCCUGGGAAAAGGCAGGGGAUAUCCUGGUAGAAGCCGCUGGAAAAGCAGUAUCCUGGGCUGUGAUGACGGAUGUUUUCCUGCUUCCUUUUGGUGAUGCUGGAAGGGAGGGGCUGGGAAGGGAAAGGCUCCCCAGGUGGACAGCUUUGAUAAUUCUCCCUUUGGAGGAAGUAGACCAAGGAAGUCCUUUUCCUAUGUCCCAGUUCCCUGGGUCACAGAGAGCUCCUCGAAAGAUGGCCCACCCCAGUCUUCUCAUUCUCCCACCUGUGGGGAGACUUCCGGCUACCUUGGAAACAGUCCAGGUUCAAGGAGGCCUU